AUAAAUUCUAAUGCUCGGUUUUACCGGGAUCUCUUGACAAGAUGGGUGCAACAAGGAACUUGCUGUGCUUAUUCCUCUUAAAUGCAGCACUCCUGGAUGCCAUCUCACCUAAUCUACACAAAAACUUUUCUUCCCAAAAAGAUGCCACCAGCGCCGAUACACCCACGUUAAUGUCAUCUGCUCCUCCAGAUGACAUUACUGAGGAGCCACCCAGGUUUAAGUUGUCCAUUCCUUCAGAUGCCACCAUCACCCUGGUGAACGGCCAGAACCGCUGCGAGGGUCGUGUUGAGAUUUCACACUCUGGGGGCCAAGGCACCGUCUGUGACGAUGGCUGGGACCUGAAUGAUGCCCAGGUGGUGUGCAGGCAGCUGGGAUGUGGCCCUGCUGUUUCUGCAACAUCAAGUGCCUCCUUUGGACAAGGCAGUGGCAACAUCUACCUGGAUGAUGUGAGCUGUACAGGGUCAGAGUCGUCCCUCUUCCAGUGCAGCCACAAUGGCUGGGGCAGCCACAACUGUGGCCACAGUGAAGAUGCUGGUGUUGUGUGCUCAGAUGCCACCAUCACCCUGGUGAACGGCCAGAACCGCUGCGAGGGUCGUGUUGAGAUUUCACACUCUGGGGGCCAAGGCACCGUCUGUGACGAUGGCUGGGGCCUGAAUGAUGCCCAGGUGGUGUGCAGGCAGCUGGGAUGUGGCCCUGCUGUUUCUGCAACAUCAAGUGCCUCCUUUGGACAAGGCAGUGGCAACAUCAUCCUGGACGAUGUGAGCUGUACAGGGUCAGAGUCGUCCCUCUUCCAGUGCAGCCACAAUGGCUGGGGUGUCCACAACUGUGGCCACAGUGAAGAUGCUGGUGUUGUGUGCUCAGAUGCCACCAUCACCCUGGUGAACGGCCAAAACCGCUGCGAGGGUCGUGUUGAGAUUUCACACUCUGGGGGCCAAGGCACCGUCUGUGACGAUGGCUGGGACCUGAAUGAUGCCCAGGUGGUGUGCAGGCAGCUGGGAUGUGGAGCUGCUGUUUCUGCAACAUCAAGUGCCUUCUUUGGACAAGGCAGUGGCAACAUCUACCUGGACGAUGUGAGCUGUACAGGGUCAGAGUCGUCCCUCUUCCAGUGCAGCCACAAUGGCUGGGGCAGCCACAACUGUGGCCAUGGUGAAGAUGCUGGUGUUGUGUGCUCAGACGCCAGCACCAUCACCCUGGUGAACGGCCAAAACCGCUGCGAGGGUCGUGUUGAGAUUUCACACUCUGGGGGCCAAGGCACCGUCUGUGACGAUGACUGGGACCUGAAUGAUGCCCAGGUGGUGUGCAGGCAGCUGGGAUGUGGAGCUGCUGUUUCUGCAACAUCAAGUGCCUCCUUUGGACAAGGCAGUGGCAACAUCUACCUGGACAAUGUGAGCUGUACAGGGUCAGAGUCGUCCCUCUUCCAGUGCAGCCACAAUGGCUGGGGUGUCCACAACUGUGGCCACGGUGAAGAUGCUGGUGUUGUGUGCUCAGAUGCCACCAUCACCCUGGUGAACGGCCAGAACCGCUGCGAGGGUCGUGUUGAGAUUUCACACUCUGGGGGCCAAGGCACCGUCUGUGACGAUGGCUGGGACCUGACUGAUGCCCAGGUGGUGUGCAGGCAGCUGGGAUGUGGAGCUGCUGUUUCUGCAACAUCAAGUGCCUCCUUUGGACAAGGCAGUGGCAACAUCUACCUGGACGAUGUGAGCUGUACAGGGUCAGAGUCGUCCCUCUUCCAGUGCAGCCACAAUGGCUGGGGUGUCCACAACUGUGGCCAUGGUGAAGAUGCUGGUGUUGUGUGCUCAGCAGCCAGAACUAUAGAUAUGCCCAGCCCCUCCGCCUCUACUCCUACAGAUGCCACAAGCACAGACCCUGUUACAAGUGAUCCAGGUCAAAAAAUUAUUUGUGGUGAUAUACUUUUUGAGUCCUCCGGAACAUUUCAGAGCCCUUCUUUGAAUGCUUCAGAUAAAGCAGAUUGUUUGUGGCAAAUACAUGUAACAAACAAUUUCCGCAUUGCGCUCACAUUUGAUAACAUUCAGUUGCAAGGUGGAUGCCAGAAUGACUAUAUUGAGAUCUAUGAUGGGCCACCCAAAUCUUCUCCUUCACUUGGAAGAAUUUGUUCUAGCUCUUCUCUCACAUACACUUCAUCUUCAAACUUCAUGUCUGUCAGGUUUUACAGUGACUCCAGAUAUUCCAGUGGAAGUUUUCAGGCUCAGUACCAGUCCUUUCCAGCAGACCAGAACACCACCCUUCUGUGCUUGCCAACCUACAUGCGUGCAGUGGUAGACAGACACUAUCUCCAGUCCCAGGGCUACUCAGUGGGGAGCAUCAGCCUGGCAGACUCUAAAUGUAGACCAAAAAUUACAUCAACUGAGGUUAUAUUCGAUAUUUUAUACAGCGACUGUGGUACACAUAGACAGGGCAACAACGAAAUGAUCAUCUACUCCAAUGUGAUAAAAGUGCCUGCUCCUGGCAGAGUCAUCAAGAGGCAAAAGGACCUCCACUUGCACAUCAGCUGCAAAAUGCUGCAGAACACCUGGGUUCAAGUGAUGUACAUUGCUGAUGAGGUCACCGAUGUCAACAAAACCCAGUUCGGCAGAUACGACGUGAACCUGACCUUCUACAACUCCUCAUCUUUCCAGUGGCCAGUGCAUGACUUCCCAUACUAUGUUGACAUGAAUCAGAAUUUGUUCCUCCAGGCUUCUCUUCACAGCUCUGACCAAAAUCUGACGGUGUUUGUGGACACAUGCAUGGUAUCGCCUAAUUCUGGUGAUUUUAGAACACUGGGCUAUGAAUUGACCAAAAGUGGGUGUGCUAGUGAUCCCACCUACUCUCUUUUCCCCUCGCCACGCAGCGAUGUCGCUCGGUUUGGGUUUAGCGCUUUCUCCUUCGUGAACAGAUUCCCAUCAGUUUUCCUGCAGUGUCAGCUGGUGGUGUGCAGGUACCACGACUACUCCUCCCACUGCUAUCAAGGCUGUGUUAGCAGGCUCAGGAGGAAUGCAUAUUCUUCCCACAAACAAGUGAAUGUUGUUAUUGGACCUGUGCAGCUUCGGGAAGCUCACGCUGAGAACAGGAACAUUGCUCCGUAUGUCCAGCUGGUGAACGGAAAGCACCCAUGCGAAGGUCGUGUUGAGAUCUAUUACAGAGGACAGUCGGGGACAGUUUGUGAUGACUUCUGGGACCUCACAGAUGCCCAGGUUGUGUGCAGGCAGCUGGGAUGUGGCAAGGCAAUUGCAGCUCUAGGAAGUGCCUACUUUGGGCAAGGCUCGGGUCCCAUUAUGCUGGACAACGUGAGGUGCAGCGGAGAUGAGGUGUCCUUGCUGCGCUGCAAUCACACGGGAUGGAGGAUCCACAACUGUGAUCACUAUGAAGAUGCUUCUGUUGUCUGUUCAGAAGACUCUGAUCUAACACCAACAGAUACAACAGCCUUAGCACUGGAGACAACCUCCAUAGAAGGGACAACAUUCACACAAUCAACAUCUCUGAGAGAGACAUCAGUGUCAGCAUCAACAGUCCUCCCGGAGGAGAAGGCAUUCCUGAGGGAGAUGGCCACAACUGAAUUAACAACCAACACAGGGGAGGUGACAUCCCCACUGCAGACAGCCACCACGGUGCCAUCAACCCCCAGAGAAGAGACACCCUUCCUACUGGAGAUGGCCACCACAGUGCCAAUGACAACCUUAGAGGUUACGACCAACACAAGGCUAAUGACCUCCCCAGGAGAGAUGUCCACUUCACCACAGUUGACAAUGUCAUCCACUGCCCCACCACUGCCUGAUACGAUCACCACAGUGAGAUCAGACACCACAGCAGAGGAGAGCAAAACAGUAAUGAGCUCCUUAGCAGAAACAUCCAGCCCAAUAUAUCCUUCCACCGCCACGUCAUCCAGUGCCACACCAGAGGUGUCCACCUCAGCAGAGAUGUCCACAUCCACAAAGAUGAUAACCUCACCAGUGAUGACCACCUCAGAGGAAACAACUGUGGGAGGAGAGUGGAGCACACCAGCUUCAUCGCGUACCAGUGACAGUCCACAUUCCACAGGAGGCAGCGUGCGGCUGGUGGGCGGCAGGAACGGCUGCGAGGGCCGCGUGGAGCUGUACGACGGCAGCACCUGGGGGACGGUGUGUGACGACCAGUGGGACCUGCAGGAUGCCCAGGUGGUGUGCCAGCAGCUGGGCUGUGGCCAGCCCGUGGCUGCGCUGGACACUGCACACUUUGGCCCGGGCUCCGGCCGCAUCUUCCUGGACGACGUGCAGUGCCGCGGGGACGAGCCCUCCCUCCAGAUGUGCCAGCACAACGGCUGGGGCAUGCACAACUGCAGGCACGUGGAGGAUGCCAGCGUCAUCUGUGCAGCUGCCGAUCCAACCCCUCCUGCUCAAUGGCCACACACAACAGGAGGCAGCGUGCGGCUGGUGGGCGGCAGGAACGGCUGCGAGGGCCGCGUGGAGCUGUACGACGGCAGCACCUGGGGGACGGUGUGUGACGACCAGUGGGACCUGCAGGAUGCCCAGGUGGUGUGCCGGCAGCUGGGCUGUGGCCAGCCUGUGGACGCCCCACAAAACGCUCACUUUGACCCGGGCUCCGGCCGCAUCUUCCUGGACGACGUGCAGUGCCGCGGGGACGAGCCCUCCCUCCAGAUGUGCCAGCACAACGGCUGGGGAGAGCACAACUGUCAGCACAUGGAGGAUGCCAGCGUCAUCUGUGCAGCCGCCAGUCCAACCACUCCUACUCCAUGGCCACUCACAACAGGAGGCAGCGUGCGGCUGGUGGGCGGCAGGAACGGCUGCGAGGGCCGCGUGGAGCUGUACGAUGGCAGCACCUGGGGGACGGUGUGUGACGACCAGUGGGACCUGCAGGAUGCCCAGGUGGUGUGCCAGCAGCUGGGCUGUGGCCGGCCCGUGGAUGCCCCAAGAAAUGCUCGCUUUGGCCUGGGCUCCGGCCGCAUCUUCCUGGACGACGUGCAGUGCCGCGGGGACGAGCCCUCCCUCCAGAUGUGCCAGCACAACGGCUGGGGCAUGCACAACUGCGGGCAUGUGGAGGAUGCCAGCGUCAUCUGUGCAGCUGCCGAUCCAACCCCUCCUGCUCAAUGGCCACACACAACAGGAGGCAGCGUGCGGCUGGUGGGCGGCAGGAACGGCUGCGAGGGCCGCGUGGAGCUGUACGACGGCAGCACCUGGGGGACGGUGUGUGACGACCAGUGGGACCUGCAGGAUGCCCAGGUGGUGUGCCGGCAGCUGGGCUGUGGCCGGCCCGUGGACGCCCCAAGAAAUGCUCGCUUUGGCCUGGGCUCCGGCCGCAUCUUCCUGGACGACGUGCAGUGCCGCGGUGACGAGCCCUCCCUCCAGAUGUGCCAGCACAACGGCUGGGGCGUGCACAACUGCAGGCAUGUGGAGGAUGCCAGCGUCAUCUGUGCAGUGGCACAGCCAACACCUCCUGCUCAGGUUCAACUCACAACAGGAGGCAGCGUGCGGCUGGUGGGCGGCAGGAACGGCUGCGAGGGCCGCGUGGAGCUGUACGACGGCAGCACCUGGGGGACGGUGUGUGACGACCAGUGGGACCUGCAGGAUGCCCAGGUGGUGUGCCGGCAGCUGGGCUGUGGCCGGCCCGUGGACGCCCCAAGAAAUGCUCGCUUUGGCCUGGGCUCCGGCCGCAUCUUCCUGGACGACGUGCAGUGUCGCGGGGACGAGCCCUCCCUCCAGAUGUGCCAGCACAACGGCUGGGGCAUGCACAACUGCAGGCACGUGGAGGAUGCCAGCGUCAUCUGUGCAGCCACCCAGCCAACCCCUCCUGCUCAGUGGCCUCUUACAACAAGAGGCAGCGUGCGGCUGGUGGGCGGCAGGAACGGCUGCGAGGGCCGCGUGGAGCUGUACGACGGCAGCACCUGGGGGACGGUGUGUGACGACCAGUGGGACCUGCAGGAUGCCCAGGUGGUGUGCCAGCAGCUGGGCUGUGGCCGGCCCGUGGAUGCCCCCAGAAAUGCUCGCUUUGGCCUGGGCUCCGGCCGCAUCUUCCUGGACGACGUGCAGUGCCGCGGGGAUGAGCCCUCCCUCCAGAUGUGCCAGCACAACGGCUGGGGCAUGCACAACUGCAGGCACGUGGAGGAUGCCAGCGUCAUCUGUGCAGAGACAUCCACCCUUCUGGAAACAAACACCACAGCACCAGCUCCCACCACAACCGAGGUGUCCAGCCCGGCACUGGUGACCACCACAGCAACAGCGGCUACCACAGCACAGAGCAGCAGCCCAGCUCCAGUGGCCACCUCAGCACCUCCACCAGCAGCACCUUAUUUUUGUGGUGGCUCAGUCUCAGAUUCCUCUGGGGUGCUCCAGAGUCCCAACUAUCCUGGAAAUUAUCCGAACGACGCUGACUGUGUAUGGGAAAUUCAAGUACAGAACAAUUUCCGUGUAACGCUCACAUUUAGAGACAUUGUGAUGCAAAGCGGGAUGUGCCAGCAUGACUACAUUGAAGUCUAUGAUGGACCUGUCCACUCUUCCCCUCUUCUUGGGAGAUUCUGUUCUGGUUCCUUUCCCACAUACGUGUCCUCUUCAAAUAUGAUGAGUGUUUGCUUCCACAGCGACUCCAGAUACUCCUUCAGAGGUUUUCAGGCUCACUACUCCUCCAUUCCAGCAGGUCACAACACCACCAUUCAGUGCUUGCCAGACUACAUGCACGUGGUGGUCAGCAGACGCUACCUCCAGUCUCAGGGCUACUCAGCACGGAGUGUCACCUUGAGCGACAACCGCUGCAGACCGACUGUCACGGCACGGGAGGUUGUGUUCAACAUUCCCUACAGCGGCUGUGGGACCGUACAAGAGGAGAACAACGACACAAUCAACUACUCCAACACCAUCAGGGUUGCAUCUUCCGGCUACAUCAUCAAGAGGAAAAAGAACAUCAACUUGCAUGUCAGCUGCAAAAUGCUGAGGAAGAGCUGGCAGCAGGUGAUGUACGCUGCUGAGGACACUGUGGAUGUGGACGAGUACCAGUUUGGAAGAUACGACAUGAACAUCACCUUCUAUGAUUCCCCGGCGUUCCUGCGGCAAGUGCGCAGCUCUCCCUACUACAUCGACCUCAACCAAAACCUGUACCUCCAGGCUUGUCUCCACAGCUCAGACCCAAACCUGAAGGUGGUCGUGGACACGUGUGUGGCAUCCCCUGACCCUCGUGAUUUUAACACACGGGCCUAUUACUUAGUCAGGAAUGGGUGUCCCAGAGAUUCUUCCUAUGCCACAUACUUCUCCCCUUCCAGCCACUUUGCUCGGUUCAAAUUCAAUGCCUUUGAGUUCAUGAGCCGGCACCCGUCGGUGUACCUCAAGUGCCAGAUGCUGGUCUGCAGGCUCGGGGACCGCUCCUCCCGCUGCUACCAGGGCUGCAGCUCCAGGGCCAGGAGAGACACCAGCUCUGCUGAGGAACCCGUGGAUGUGGUGGUUGGGCCCCUUCAGCUCCGAGAAGGGGAUGCUCCGAGGGGGAACACGGGAAAAGACCAGUAAAUUUCUCUCAUGUUUGCUCUAGGAUGACCAACGGGCCUCAAGAAAAGCCACAGCUCUGUCGCCUGUCACUGAAAUCUGCUUUUACCAACUUUGCCCUAAAAAGGAAGGGAUCAACACCUUGCAAGCUUCUGCUUUCACCCUUUUCACUUUUUUUUUUUAAGGUGUAACUUCUUUGGCUGUCCCAAAGGAGAGUUGCCUGUAAUCCCUUUUAGUGCUAUAACUCCUUGAAUUGUGCUAAUUAGCUCCAGUCUGAUUGUGAAUUUGAUGGCACUUGGAGAUAUUUUUUAUUGGUGGACUUAUCUGUGCUAAUUUAAUGGCAGGACUCGAUAACCUUAAAGUUCUUUUCCAACCUAAAUGAUCCCAUGAUUCCAUGACAGCCAUCUGGGAGCAAAUUCCCAGCUUUCCUGAGAAAUAUUUCAUUCCCUCAGUUGUUUUCUGCUUAUGAAGUUUACUUAGUUGAGUUGUCAUCCCUGCUAAUAUGAAGCCUGUCCAAAUAGUUGAAAGCAAUGAAUCUGUGAGUUUGCUUAUUUCUGACUUUGAUCUGGGAGCCAUCCCUUUAAUACUGGAGAUCUUUGUGCCUUGAUCUUCAAUGUGCUGAGAUCAAACCCCAGAAAAUUUCACUCAUAGGGCUGGGCUCCUCUAGCAACCAGAAUUGUGGCUAUACAAUAUUCUAAUUAUUUUGAGUAUUGCUUCUAGUGCUGUAUUUCUUAUUGAAACAAUAAUGGGUCUGUGCUUAUUUAUAAAAUGCAGAGAUUUCCAAGCUAAAAUUAAUCUGUUCUGUGAGCAGUAUAAUUUAUAAUCGAAAGAAGGAAUGUUUACAAAGCAAUAAAUCUAUUUU